AUGGAGAAGGGCGAGUCCAUCGAGAUCAUUACCUGUGGUGAGGAGGUUUCCCAGGAUCAACGUGAGAUCCUUCAGGAGCGGCAGCUGAUUAACAACCCCGUGAAAAUGUGUAUGCGCUCCUGCGCAGACCAGAUCAAUGGAGUGGUGGACGACGCGGCGUCAACACCCAAGAAGUCAAAACGACCUCGGAAUGAAAUGACCAUGUACCAGAAAGUGGCCAAGAUUGUCACCGUCCUGGAAUGGCUGCCGCAGAUGACCUGCCACAAGCUCCGCGCCGACCUGGUGGCCGGGCUGACGGUGGGGGUCAUGGUCAUCCCCCAGAGCAUGUCCUACGGCGCCAUCGCCGGGUUGCCGUACAUCAACGGCAUGUACUCCGCCUGCGUCCCCACGUUGAUCUACGCCUUGUUCGGGCAGAGCCGGCAGCUGGCCGUGGGCCCCGUGGCCAUGGUCUCCCUCCUGGUGGAGGCCGGGCUCAAUGGACAGCUGGGCCCGGAGUGCACGGUGGAGGACAAGCCGCAGUACGAGACCUGUCCGGAAGAAUAUGUGGGACUCGCAUGUUUGACGGCAGCCAUGGUGGGCGUGAUGCAAAUCCUGGCCAGUGUGUUGAAACUGGGCUUUUUGGUCACCUUUCUCGGGCAUCCUGUGAUCAGCGGCUUCACAAGUGGGGCGGCCAUCAUCAUUGCCCUCAGCCAGCUGAAGUAUGUACUUGGCUAUGACCUUCCAAAGUCACAAUACAUCUAUGAGACGAUCUAUAAUGUGAUCAUCAAGAUCGACCAAACCAAGGGGAUGCCUUUGCUCUUAGGCUGUGUUUGGCUGGCUUACCUGAUCACCAACAAAAACUUGGCGCUGAAGUUCAAGCGCUUGAAGAUGUUGGGCCCCAUGGGCCCUUUGAUCAGCUGUUUGGUGGGAACAGUGAUGAUAUGGGCAUUCCCCAUCUUCACAGAGACCUUUCACGUGAAAUACGUUGGUGAGAUUCCUUCAGGCCUGUUUCCUAUGAGCAUUGAUAGCUGGCAGCUGGCCAAAAUCCCCACCGUCAUCGGUACGGCCAUGUCGGCCACCCUGAUCGGCUAUAUGGAAUCUAUUGCCAUCGGCAAAAACCUGGCGGCCACCAACGGCUACGAGAUCGACGCCACGCAGGAGAUGCUGGCGCUGGGCAUCGCCAAUGUGGUGGGAGCAGGGCUUCCCAGGGGCUCCGCGGUGAAUAACUCCACGGGAGCCCUGUCGCAGUUCAGUGGCGUACUCACGGCCUUGGUGAUGUUGGCCACGCUCAUGUUUUUGACGCCGCUGUUCUACUACCUCCCCAAGUUCGCCCUGGCCGCCAUCGUCAUGAAUUCGGUGAUCCCUUUAGUGGCCUUUCAGGAAGCGCGGCAUUUGUUCCACGUGAAGAAGCAGGAUUUCCUGCUGUGGGUCACUGCCUUCUUGGGCACUCUGUUCUUGGGAGUGUUGAUGGGCAUUUUGGUGGCCGUGGGUCUCAGUUUGAUCAUCGUCAUCUACGAGUCCGCGCGGCCGCAGAUCACCAUUCUGUGGCGCAUCCCAGGGACCUCCAUCUAUCGCAACAUGAAGCAGGAAUCCAGUGGCACCUUCAUCCAGAACGUCUUCAUUGCACGCAUCGGCUCAUCCCUGUACUUUGCCAACGCUUCCUUUGUGAAGGAAAUGCUUCUGUCGCACGUCAACGACUUGGAGGAAGUGAACCCCACGCGGUAUAUAGAACCAGCAGUGGAUGAUACCCAUUUGGCCCAUCCCACUGACCCUGGGACCCCGGUGAUCUCUGUGGAUUCCACCGCCUGUCACGUCAUCAAAGACGUCGUGAAUGACUUCCGCACGAGGGGUAUGCACGUCGCUUUCGCCAUGACGGGCAACCGGGUGGAGAAGACGCUCCGCAAAGCGGGGCUGCGGAAGUUCAUCGGGGACCAGUGGUUCUUUCCCACCGUGGAGGAGGCGGUCCAGUACUGCGUGAAGCACCAACAUGCCAGGCGCCGUCAGAGCAAGGGAUCCUCAGAGGGUCAGGAGAAAUUGGACCAGGCCAAGAUCGAUGAGAUUGACAUCUCUGCGAUCCAGGUGCACUGUGGCAAUGAGAUCGGCUUCAGCAAUGACCUGCACUCCAACUGCUCCAUGGUCUUCGUGAGUUUGUCCAAGGAUGUGCCCAUGAUCAUGACGGAGAUCACAGGCGUUUUCAAGAAGAACCACAUCACCAUCAUCAGAGCUCAGAUUGAUCCCACGGGGGAUGAGAUGGGAGCGAAGCACAUCUAUUUCGUGCGCAGCUUGCGCACGCAAUCGAAGCUCUCGGGUGUCGAGGUCUCAAGGGUGCGAGAGGAUUUGGAGGUGGUUCUGCGGAGACAUAAGUUGAUGAGCAGUAGUUUCAGAGAUUUGAAUCACCGUGGCGAAGAUAGCCCAGAUCGAAGUCCCGAUCGAAUUGCGAGGUUGGAAGAGGCAUUGGUUUCACAACAGGAGCUGAAUCGCAAUUUAGAAGAACAAGUCACUCGACUGCUGAGUCGCCCCGGAACAGGCACUUGCCUUCCAGGCUGCCUCCCAGCCAAUCUGUUGGGCCGCACGCAUGACCUCGGCUAA